GUAUUUUUAUCAUUACCACUUGUAUUUAUUUCAUAAGUGCAGUCAAUUACCUUUCUUAGCGUAUUCAAGUUCGACUUUCUAUCUUAAUUGAGUAAAUUUUAUGGUGUUGGAGUAUUUUUAAUAAUACAAAAUGGAUGACGAUUCUGAACAAGCCCUUUUAAUGGGCAAUCAACAUUCUUCAAAUGCAAUGAGAUAUACAGAUGGACCAAGUGUUGGACCACUUCUUCGUCCUGAUGCAGAUGCUGGUGCAACACCAACGUCAUACGAAAAUGAUAUUCAAAAUGGGGGCAAUAAUAGCUUCCAGAAUGACAAUCCGGGAAUGAAGAAUUCUUCAGGAAAUAAUGCAUCCGACCAAAAUCAUAGCACCGACAUACUAACAGAUAUUAUGGUUAAAGCGGGUGGUGCAACUUUAAGACAACAAUUCCAUGCAGAUGCUCUCAAGCAAAUUGGAUUUGGACGAUAUCAAAUAAUUCUAAUUAUUACAACAGGAAUUGCUCUAGCAACUCAAGUUGCUCAACUAUUUUCUCUAUACUUCAUAAUGCCAUCAAUUGAUUUGGAAUUUUGCAUGACACCACUGCAAAAGAAAACACUAAUUCACUCCAAUCUAAUUGGAGCAUUUUUUGGUGCAACAUUUACAAGUGGUUGUGCUGAGCUAUUUGGCCGAAAGAGAACACUCUUAACUUGUUUUAUCUGCAUGAUAAUAUUUUCUAUUGUUGCAGCAUUUAUGCCAGUUUUUAGAUUUUUCGGUGCAGCUCGAAUGUUUGCUUCAGCUUUUGGAGCAGGGACAUUCCCAAUUGCUGCAACUUAUGUCUGUGAAACAACUCCACCACAUUUGAGAGGUCGAGCUUUGGGAAUGGUAACUUCGACAGGAGGGAUUGGAGCUAUGCUUGCUGCUGUAAUAUCUUGGUCAAUAUUACCGAAAUCUGGGAUGCAACUGAUGCAGGAACUUGAUGAACAUUUCAGUGGAUGGCAUACUUAUUCGUUGGUAAUGGCAAUGCCUGCCAUAGUUGUAAUUAUUGGAUUGGUGUUUCUUAAUGAAUCACCUCGGUGGUUAUUGAGCCGAGGUAGGGAAGCCGAGGCUCUGAAGAUCUAUCAGAAAAUGUAUCGUUGGAAUAACUCAAAGGGAACAUACAGUUUUCUAGAAAUGGCUGUUCCCAGGAUGAAAUAUAGAAAGAGUUCUGGAAGUGGUGAAAAGAAAAGUGGUUUCUUAAAUUGUUUGUCGGAGAUUUUCUGUUGCUAUCGUUCCCCAGUUUGGAGGACCAAUGGAAUAAUUGCUUGUAUUUGGAUAUUAGCCAUGUUUGUUGGCUAUGGACUUCCAGUUUAUGCUUUUAAUAAUGGCCGAUAUAUAGAAUCUCAUCAAUUUACUGAAAGAACAAACUAUACCAUCUAUAAAACAUUUGAUAAUGUUGAAUUUUCUGAAGACAUUGUAAAUAGAAUUUUCGGAAGCUGUAAUUUCGUCAAUUGUACAUUCAAUCAAAAACUGUUAAAUUAUGUACAAUUUGAGAAUUGUACAUUCGUUAAUAGUAAUUUUCAUGGAAUCACUGCCGCUUACACAACAUUUUGGUAUUCAAUUUUCAAUAAUGUCAAAUUCAUCGAUACAAAUCUAAAAUCGAAAAAUUUUAUUGGCUGUGAAAAGAUUAACACAGAAUUUGAUCAGAUUAACAGCGAUUGUGAUCAACCUUUUGAACUUUAUACAUUUUUCUACAAAGUAAUGCACGAUGCUAAUAUUGAGGUGAUUGUUCCAUCGAUAAUAGUCCUGUUUUGGGGUGGUGAGAUACUCAAUCGGAUUGGUCGAAUUCAAUUUGCAACUUCUUGCAUUCUAAUUGCUUUGGCAGUUUGCUCAUUAAUUGAGUUCGUUUCCGACGGAGAGUACAUUUAUUGGACUGUUGGAUUUGUUCAAGGAUCUAUUCUGUGUGGUUUGCAGGCUUUAACUUUGUACUCGAUUGAAUUUAAUGGCACAAUGGUCAGAUCCUUAAUUUGUGGAAUUCAAGUAAGCUUUGGCUUUUGGGGUGCAUUCCUGGGAUCUAUUGUUUAUGAUAAAAUAAUGCCAGAAGGAAAUGCACGUGUUGUUGCAUUGGCAUCAGUACUUUGUCUCUUUGUAUUGUGUUUUUUGAGUACAUUCCUUAAAGAAACAAAGAAAUUAUUGUAAACAUUGAUAAAGAAUUGUAAGAAAAAAAAAAUCCAUUAAUAUUAUAUUCUGUAGUGGAAAUAAUCAUUUUUUUGGAAAACUUUUUAUAAAGAUUCCAAAAUUGUCGCAAUCAUAUCUCUAACGCUGCUAACUAAUCUCUACAUAUCGUGAAACGAAUAAAUGUGUACCUAUAUCUGUGUAAAGGAUGGUAAAAAAA